CAUUGUGUUCCAGAAACCAAGAGUGGUCAACUCCGUCAUUUGCUUCCUCUUUGGCGUGGGGUUGUGGGUGGGGGCAGUUUGGACUUCUGAGCUAAGAGUGGUGGUGAAGCGGCGGAGGAGAUCGGAGGCAGCCAUGACGGUGGCGGCGGGGAUCGGUUACGCGUUGCUAGCUCUAGGCCCCUCUCUCUCCCUCUUUGUCGCCGUUAUAUCCAAGAAGCCCUUCCUCAUUCUCACCCUUCUCUCCAGUACUUUGGUAUGGCUUAUGAGUUUGAUUGUGCUAUCGGGCAUAUGGAGAGCGUUUCUUCCAUUCAAAACAACAACAUGGUGGCUAUAUGCUAUUCUUAUAAUUACUUCUGUUGCUUUUCAAGAAGGCGUUCGGAUUCUCUUCUGGAAAGUUUACAAGAGGUUAGAAGAUAUGUUGGAUGCUGUUGCUGACAGAGUCUCAAGACCUCGCUUAUUUCUGACAGAUAAGAUGCAAAUUGCUCUGGCUGGUGGUUUAGGUCAUGGUGUGGCCCAUGCUAUCUUUUUCUGUGUUAGCCUUUUGACACCUGCAUUUGGUCCAGCAACAUUUUAUGUCGAUAAAUGCUCGCAUAUGCCAUUUUUUCUUGUUUCUGCAACUCUUGCUCUUGCAUUCGUUACCAUACAUACUUUCUCAAUGGUCAUUGCUUUUAAUGCGUAUGCUGAAGGGAACAAAGUGGACCAAUAUUUUGUUCCUAUAGUUCAUUUGGUUGCAGGACUGGUGACACUGAUUAACCUCGCAUCAGGGGGCUGCAACUUUGGAAUUCCUCUCCUCUAUUUUCUGACGGCGCUAACUUUGAUGCAUUGUGGGAAGAUGGUUUGGAGGAGAUUAACAGAAAAUCGAAACAGACCUGGUGAUUCGUAAUAGCUCGGGAAUCAUUUUUGGAGGUUUAGGGCUUAGGUUAGUCCUGUUGUAUAGCUGCUUUCCAGUAACAGUUAGGAGGAGGGGAUACUUGAGACAGCUGUAGGUGUAUGUAUUGCAUGAAGGAAUCUUUAGGCUAUGUUAACCAUCAACUGUGAUAUUUUUCCCUACCUAAAUCAAAUGGUUUUAUAUAUUUGUAACAGAUACUAUGUGUUGCAUGAAUCCUUUUAGAACAAAAUAAAAUUUGCCCUGUUGGAUA